CGUUCAAUUCAUAGGCAAAUGGAAAGAACUAGAAAAUAUCAUCCACAGUGAGGUAAUCCAAUCACAGAAAAGCACACUUGAUAUGCUCUUGGGAGCGAUGGCCUUGAAGCCCUCCAUUAUUGAUGUUAUUAUUAUGGUUAGCAUUAAGUAUGACUGGGUUCAUGGAAAAACCCCAGCCAGCUGCAGAAGACUAAUACAAAUGUGGUGGUCAAGAUGAAUAAUCAUAUGAUAACGUGUGACGUUAAGAUACCCAAUGUGAUGACCUGUAACCUUUCUGAAAAACCAACAUCCUGUUGACUAAUAGAUAUUACAAACCUGUGAGUUUUCUGACAACCUGUCAACAUCAGCCGAUUCCCUGACCACACGAAUAUUGUGUCCUUGGCGUGGGUAAAUUUUCUUACUUCUCUCCUCUCUCUGUUACCCUUUUUAUGGUACAAAUUCAGCCUUGGGGAAAAAUAAAAUUGUCACCUUGAUAAGACUCUUGUCUUGGCGUCCUUCUUCGCGUCUCGUGUCCCCCAUUCUCUUCCAGGUACUCAGCACCCCUCAUUGACAGUAUGCACUCAUUGAUAAGUGGAUAUUGACCAAAACCUCAAAUUACUCAAGAUGCAAUCAACAGAUCUCAGGAAACUCAAGAAGAAGGAUGACCAAAGUGCAGAUGCUCCUACUCCUUCUUAAAAUGGGGAACAAAAAUAUCCAUAGGAGGGGAUAUGGAGGCCAAAUCUAAAGCAGAGACUGAAGGAACAGCCAUUCAGAGUCUGCCCCACAUGUGGCCCAUAUAUAUACAGUCACCAAAACUAGGUAAGACUGAUGAAGCUAAAAAGUGCUUACUGAAAGGGACCGGAUAUACAUCUCCCCUGAGAGACACAUACAGGGCAUGUCAAAUAAAGAGGUCAGUGCUGGCAGUAAACUGCUGAACUGAGAACAGGACACCCUUUAUGGGAAUUAGAGGAAGGAUUCAAAGAGCUGAAGGGCUUGCAACCCCAUAAGAACAGCAAUGCCAACCAAAUAAACCACUAGCAAAAGACUAUACAUGGACUGACCCAGGGGUCCAACUGCAUAUGUAGGAGAGAAUAGCCUUGCUGGGGCACCUGUGGAAGGGGAAGCCCUUGUUCUUAACAAGGUUGGACCCUGAGUGCAGGGAAAUGUCCGGGAAGGGGUUUCUAAGUGGCAUGGAUUGGGGGAGCAUACAUAUGGGAGAGGGCACGGCAGGGGGGCUUAUGUACCAAAAGCUGGGAAAGGGAAUAACGUUUGAAUAAAACAUAUAUAUCUAUUAAAAAAACUGAAAUUUAAAAAAAUGAUACUAGUACCAAAAAAUAAUCAAAAAAUGUGAAUAAGAAAGAUAUUUUAGGUUUUGGAAAAAGAUGAAUGCCAGGUAUUUGAAAAACUGUAUGACCAUGGUAAACACUUUACUAUACUUGAGAAAUUUUUUACAUGUUAAUGAACUGCACCUUUUUUUUAAAUAGUGAAUGGAAAUACAGUCCCUUCCUGGCUGUGAGUCUAGGUAUCCAGAUGUAGUGGAAUUCAUUAUUUGUUGAGUCCUGAACCUUUGAGUCUGCUUCUAACUCAGCUUAUGCCAAGGAAACUAGGCCAAGAUGAUAUCUAAGCCGUUGACUAAACUAUCUAGACUAACAAUUACAGGUGAAAUUCCACCUUGUAAAUGGGACGAGAGGAAUAAAAGAUACCUUUAAGGAUUUAAAAAAGAUGAAAUGUACCCAAAAAAAUCCAAUAAAAAAGUUUAAAAUAAAAAUAACUUAGGAAAUACAAAAUACUGGGGUGCCAUUCCACAAUCAUGAUGUGUUUCUUCGGUGAUAGCUUACAGGUUAAUUUACUUCUCUAUAACUGUUUUCUUAUUUCAAAGUAAGUAAUGGCAUCAUCUGUGGAGUGAUGGUGAGAACAAAAGCUUUGCCGAACUUGAAUAAUCGAUCCCUCCUGAGCAUGUGCUUAACAUUCUAAGCACAGGGAAAUUUCCUGAGGGGAUUAAAAAACAAAAUCCAAACAUAAAACAGGAACAACAACGAUUUAAAAACAUUCUGCACGCUGGGUAUGAAGGCAUGUUACAACUUUAAUCAGCUUUGUAGGUAUUUCUAAUAAACACACAAGAAACAAAAAUCCCAUCACAGUCCUAGUAGUUGCAUCCAACAAAGGAAAGCUGUGAGGUAGUCCCUGCUACUUCUUUCCCCAGAUACCCCUGGGCCUCAGGCCUGCACCCACUGAGCUGGACCAAGAGCAGCCAGGUUGAAAUUCCUGAUGCCAUGGCAGGAUUCUGCAGGAACAUUUCCCUUUGACAACAAGGAACCUGUGUGGAGGAGACCUCUUGGUGAGUCCUCAAGGACUCUACAUGUCCUAUUCUACAGGGAGAAGCCCUGGCAGGUCUUUGACCAAGGCCAGCCAGUUGUUUGGGGAAGUCUCUGGUCAUGUGGCAGAGGGUGAGGAAUGGCAGAAAGAAGGGCAGCUCCACUGAGAGCAAAGGAUAACCCUUCUAGGCCUAUGAACUCCUAAUUAAUUUAUCUUUUCACCUGAGCCCUAUUCACAUUUUCUUACUAUCAUACAACUGUGAUCUUGAUGAGCAGCUGGGCUCUUGUUUUCUUAAUCAGUUCUUUGUUGUCACAGACGUUUUUAACUUACUCCAGCCCCUGAGACUUAUUCAUACCUUCUGUAUGCAGUAGGACCCUUGGUGGGACUGUCAUCUCAAAAAUUAGAAGGUUCGGUAAUCCAAAAGAUUGGACUCCAGUUUACCUCAGGCCAGGAAAGAAGUCAGCCACCAUUAGUAAAAGAGCAAGGGAAAAAUUACAUAGGAAAAACAAGUGGCUUAAUCAGUAGAAAAGAUCCUCAACUUCUAAGGCCCGCACAUCUGCACCCCUCUCUUCUGAGCUUUGUAUAGUGAUGUUGUAUAACUCCAGAUGGUAGUAAAAGGCAGAGUUCUUCCCAGAAAGGUCAGACAUGAUUUUCACUCUUACAUCUCUGAGGUGGGCUGGCAUUAUAGCACACAUUCAUGUUGAAUUAUUAUAACACCUAUGAUAAGAAGACAGAAUCCAUAUAUCACAAUGCCAAAUAGACUCCCUCCUGAACGUAUGGACCCAUUAAAAUUGAGGUUCAACCUGAACUCAGGCCAUUCCACUCCCUUCCCGUCCUCCGGAUUCUUAUGUUUGCUACAAGUAAAAGAUCAUGUUGUAGUCCCCAAUAUUCUCAUGCCUAGACUUGUCUAUUCACGGGGAAGGAUAUUGGAGAAGUGAUGGUUAUGUAGUUACAAUGUAGUAACACAAGGUCCAGGUUGACAUUUGCUCACUGAUGUCCAAUUUAAUUGUCUUGUUAUAUUUGAGAAAGGGAGGAUGUCCUACAUAAUGUAUAAAACAGACAGAAAUUUAUUGUUUUAUAUAUGCCCUGUAGUUGAUCCCUAUGAUCCCAAGGAAAAGGAGUUUUUAUUGCAAAAAAAUAGGAUUAUAGACCAUUGAUUUUGUGAAAUACAUGGAUAUGUAAAUGGAAACAAUGUCGGCUUUCAAGGACUGCACAGUAAGCAAAUAUUUCCAGGUUUUAUACACUCAGAGGUAUAGAAGAAAUAUAUUGGCCUCCACAAAAAGGGAAAAGCUUAGAAAUCGAAAGACAUGUCACAUGCAUUGUCUCGAGUAGUAGAUUUACUUUUAAGAAAAAUCUCCCUCCUCCUUGGUCCCUAGAGAUUUGGGUGCUAAGAAAAAUCUGUUCUCCAAUUCAGGGUUGUAAGAAACCCUCCCCAGCAAUUGCAUUGUUGACUUCUAAUGAAGCAGAGAGACAUAUGUAGCUUUGAAAUAGAGGUUGCCAAAUGGUAUUCCCAGUGACACAUGGGAGACUGGAGGAAAGGGUCCCCACAGAAAUUCAUCAGUGUGGGGAGAGCUGGUUAGUAGGUAGGCCAUAGAAUUUUCCAGUGACAUCACCAGUAAGCCGUUCACUGGACACUCUAUUGUAUCUAAGAGAUCCCUAGAAUCUUCUGUGAUGUCACCAGUGUUGUGGUGACACCAACUGCCUUUGGGAUAUUACUUCAGUUCCCUUUGGGUUCACAAGCAGGCAUGUUUCGCCAGCUGCUCAGGCUAUUUCGGAAGGAAAGUGUUGAUCAAGGAGAGACCGCACCAGGUCAGAGGGAAGCUGACCCCCUCUCUAGUGAAACAGGAAGGAGGAAAUCAUUCUGGGGAAGGCUUGAUUUUGGUAGGAAGGCAUCAUCCCAAAAUGUCAUCAGUAAGCAAGAGGAGUGUCUAAAGGAACUGGAGGAACUCAAAUUCGAAAUCCAGAAGUGUCAAUUCGAGAGGGAUGAACUUUAUCAAAUCCUGGAUCUUUAUAUCUAUGAUGAGUGGGACCACAGGCUGCAUGUCGAAUUGCCAGUCCUUCAAUCUGAACAUGAGAUGAGAAUGAUGGCUAUGCAAAUGAUGACCAACUCAAUAAGUGAUGCCAUGGAGAGGUACAAGGAGCUCAUACAAGUGAACAGUUCCUACCGCAUCAGGCACUCCCAGCUCCUGCGUGAACAAGCUCAAUUGAAGAACAAUAUACAGAUUUUGCUGAAUGAGAAGAGAGAACUGCUGGUGGAGCAGACUGAACUGCCAGCAUCCUCUGUGGAGACAAAGAGGCUCUGUGAAGAGGCCGGAAUGAACAUCUGUGACCCCAGUGCCACGCAACAGCAGGUCUGAAAUUCUCCAGCAGAAACUCGAACAUGACACAGACCAGGACAAGAUCUCCCUUGGAGAGAAGAACUACAGGAGGAGAACUAAGUGUGCACAGCAAAUACACCACUAUUGCGUCUCAUCUGUAAUGUCCAUAGCAAUUGUGGACUGGAUUUUCCUCCUUUAGUUUAACUUCUUGGGAUUGAAUAUGCUGUAUUUUCACCCUGCCUCUCUCCAGCAAGUGUGCACUUUUUGAGGGACUCAGAGAAGUGCUGAUGCACAUCAAUCAAGAGCUGCUGGUCAUCCAGAAAGACCGUGCACGUGUAAAUUUGUUCUUGUCCUGAUGGGUCAUCCAGAAGAGUUUCAUGGAGAUCAGUUUACAAUAUUGGAAAGACUUUGUGAAAAAGUCUGUAAUAUCAUUUAUACUCAGUGUUGGAUGGCUUUUUCCUUAAUACCCCCACUCCAACAAAACAGACCUACUUCCACUCCUCUUGAAAAGAUGAUUACCAUCACUAACUGCUUGUCUACUAUGUCUCCAAGGCAAGCCACAGGCUAUAAGUCUAUUCUGCAAAAGGAGCAGCAAAAAAUGCUUAGUGCAAUUCCUCUAUUUAAAGUUUGGUUAAUUUUUAAUUGUUUUGGUUAUUUGGUUUUCCUUCUAUUCAUUUGAAGAUUUGUUAUUUAUCUGUUGUUGUUUUGUUCAUUUGCUUUUCUAUUUUGAUAAGGAUAUAGACUGUAUAUAUUGACUACCUGCUUCUGGUUACUAUCCAGUAAAUUGGAUGUAUUCUGGUCAAUAAAGGGGUAAUCUCAAA